CGCAGUUAGUGGAAGACGUGCGCCGCCUGCAAGCGUCGCUGGCGGCGCUUCAGGACGCGCACGCGCAGCAGCUGGCGCGGCUGGAGGAGCGGUUGGACGAGAAGAAACAGCACAUCGCGCGGCUGGAAGCGCGCAUCGACGCGCAGCGCGACUACGACGACAUCAAGCGAGAGAUCAGUAUGCUUAGAGCGUUGGACCUCGGAGCGGGUGAGCGCUCACUAGAGCGGAAGCCCGAGCCUCUCCGCUCGCCGGCCAUCGCGCCUCCUAUGCGCGACGAGCGGAAUUCGGCCGAGCGCGAGCGCAGCUCGGAACGACGCGACACCGGUGCGGAGGAGUGGCCCAGCACGCCGCCGCCGCUCAACAACAACACCACGCACCACAACAACAACGGGCCGCUGCCGCUGCCGCCGCCCAGCCCCUUCCGCUUCGACGAGCACCGGCCCUACCGCUUCGCGGAAGACAUGGGGCCGCUGCCGCCCGGCGCGCUCGUCGGCCGCCUCGGCGACUCCCUCAUCCCCAAGGGGGACCCCAUGGAAGCCCGCCUCCAAGAGAUGCUCAGAUACAACAUGGACAAAUACGCCAACACCAACCUCGACACGCUCCACAUAAGCCGGAGGGUCCGAGAGCUGUUAUCGGUCCACAACAUCGGCCAGAGGCUGUUCGCCAAGUACGUCCUGGGGCUGUCCCAGGGCACGGUGUCGGAGCUGCUGUCGAAGCCCAAGCCGUGGGACAAGCUGACGGAGAAGGGCCGCGACUCGUACCGCAAGAUGCACGCGUGGGCGUGCGACGAGGCCGCCGUCAUGCUCCUCAAGUCCCUCAUUCCCAAGAAAGUGGGAACAAAAGACGGCACCGGCGCGAGCUUCGGCCGACCUGAAGGGGAGGGUGACGAGAGACUCGCGCACAUCCUCAGCGAGGCCUCGCACCUCAUGAAGCCCUCAGCACCGACCAACGACGACUCUAGAAGCAACGAGGACUCCAGCUCGCCAAGGACGCAGUGCCCUUCGCCGUUCUCCAAUAAGGACUCGAGUCAAAAUAGAAGACUGAAGAAGUACGAGAACGACGACAUCCCUCAAGAGAAGGUGGUCCGCAUCUACCAAGAGGAGCUCGCCAAGAUCAUGACGCGCCGCGUGGAGGACAUGCGCCACAGCCGCGACGGGUUCCCCACCGGCGGGAUGCCGCCACACAUGGAGCGGCCGCCGGAGGACAUCCGCAUGGCGCUGGAGGCCUACCACCGCGAGCUGGCCAAGCUGCAGCCCGGCGGCGCCAUGCCCAGCCUGCAGCAUAUUCAGGGCAUGCCACCCUUCCCCAACCUGCUCGCCCUCCAACAACAGGCCAUGCAGCAAGCCCAGAACCAACACAUGAACGGCUCCGGCGCGGUUCAGGAUCUCUCACUACCUAAAGAUAAAAAUGCCAAAAUGAAUGGAAUGACUGAUAGCGAUAAGGAUAGACCAAUGGACGCCGAAGAGGCUAUAAGGCAUGCGGGUAGCGCGUUCUCGUUAGUGAGGCCGAAGUUGGAACCUGGACAGCAAUCGACGGGCUCGUCGGCUUCCAGUCCCCUUGGGAAUGCGAUUUUACCGCCGGCGAUCACGCCCAACGACGAUUUCAGCAGCUCAGCGGCGGCGAGUCCACUACAGAGGAUGGCUUCGAUCACGAACAGCCUCAUCUCCCAGCCGACCAACCCGACUCAUCACCAGCCCCCGCAACGAUCGAUGAAAGCCGUGCUUCCCCCCAUUACUCAGCAACAGUUCGACCUCUUCAACAAUCUGAAUACUGAAGAUAUCGUCAGAAGAGUGAAAGAGGCGCUCAGCCAAUACUCCAUCAGCCAAAGAUUGUUCGGCGAGUCAGUGCUAGGACUAUCCCAGGGAUCAGUCAGUGACCUACUGGCGAGGCCGAAGCCCUGGCACAUGCUGACGCAGAAGGGCAGGGAGCCAUUCAUCCGCAUGAAAAUGUUCCUCGAGGACGACAACGCUGUCCACAAGCUGGUCGCGUCGCAGUACAAAAUCGCGCCGGAGAAGCUCAUGAGGACUGGAAACUACAGCGGAGUACCUCCAUGUCCGCCAAACAUGACCAAGCCGAUGCCCCCGACGCAGAAAAUGAUCUCAGACGCGACGUCCCUGCUCAGCAAGAUGCAGCAAGAGCAGCUGCUCGGCCCUGGCCACCUGGGCCACCUGGGCCAGCCCACGCCGCUGCUGCUCACGCCGCCCGGCUUCCCGCCGCACCACGCCGUCACGCUGCCGCCGCAGCACCACGACAACAACAACAAGGAGCGCAAGCCGCCGCCCCCGCCGCAGCCGCACCACCCGCCCGGCGUCAUGCGCAGCCUCCACCAGCACAUCUCCCCCAGCGUGUACGAGAUGGCCGCGCUCACGCAGGACCUCGACACGCAAACCAUCACGACCAAAAUCAAGGAGGCCCUCCUCGCCAACAACAUCGGCCAGAAGAUCUUCGGCGAGGCCGUGCUCGGGCUCUCGCAGGGCUCCGUCAGCGAGCUGCUGUCCAAGCCGAAGCCGUGGCACAUGCUCAGCAUCAAGGGCCGCGAGCCCUUCAUCAGGAUGCAGCUGUGGCUGAGCGACGCGCACAACAUCGACCGCCUGCAGGCGCUGAAGAACGAGAGGCGCGAGGCCAACAAGAGGCGGCGGUCGAGCGGCCCCGGCCAGGACAACUCCUCCGACACCUCGUCCAACGACACCUCCGAGUUCUACCACUCCAGCUCGCCGGGCCCCACCUCGGGCGCGCCGUCGGCGAAGAAGCAGCGGGUCCUGUUCUCCGAGGAGCAGAAGGAGGCGCUCCGACUCGCCUUCGCUCUCGACCCGUACCCGAACAUGCCCACUAUAGAAUUCCUGGCGACGGAACUCGGCCUGUCGACGAGAACGAUAACGAACUGGUUCCACAACCACCGCAUGCGGCUAAAACAGCAGGCGCCGCACGGCCUGCCCGCCGAGCCGCCGGUGCGGGACCAGUCGUCCGCGCCCUUCGACCCGGUGCAGUUCCGGCUGCUGCUGAACCAGCGGCUGCUGGAGCUGCAGAAGGAGCGCAUGGGGCUGGCGGGCGUGCCGCUGCCCUACCCGCCGUACUUCGCCGCCAACUCCAACCUCGCAGCGCUCAUCGGCCGCGGGCUGCUGCCGCCCGACGACCACGUCAAGGACCAGAGCGGCGGCCUGGACCUGUCGAUGCCUCUGAAGCGCGAGCCCGACGGCGACGACUUCGAGGACGACGACGUCGAGAGCAACCUCGGCUCCGAGGACUCGCUCGACGACGGGGAAUCCAAGACUGAGCCGAAGGCGGCCUCCACGCCGGCGGGCCGGUCGAGCCGGCGGAAGCCCGCGGCGCCGCAGUGGGUCAACCCCGACUGGCAGGACGAGAAGCCGCGGAAUCCUGACGAGGUGAUCAUCAACGGUGUUUGCGUGAUGAGGAGCGACGACUUUCGGAGGGAGGCGGAGGAGACCGUGCGGGUGGAGCCGGCGCCGGUGGCUCGGGACGGGUCGCCGGCCGCGUCGCCGGCGCCGCGCACGCCGCUCACCCCUCACACCCCGCACACCCCUCACACCCCGCGCCCUCCCCACACGCCGCCCGAAGACGUGCUCUCAGAGGACAAGAUCAAGACCGAGACGGAAGACGACCGGUGGGAGUACUGAACGGGCGAGUGAGUGCGUGAUCGCGACGGACGCUUAUUUAUUGUUAGCUAGUGAGGCCCGACGGCUCGAUGCGAGGCCGGACACUCUGUACAUACCCUCGGGCCGAGGAAACUUUACGAUACAAAAUUGCAUUUUGCUUUAAUUUUUUAAUGUAGAAACGAGGCGUACCCUGUUAGGUACAAAUAUCUGAGGUACUUGUUAAGUUGAGGCUCACUUUGUGGAUUCGAUUGUUGUAAAUAAAUAUACCAAAUAUGUAUCGAAGCGUGUGAGCCGUGUACAUACGUAGCCUAGGUGUAAGAUACGUUGCGAUAGGGGUAGCAGGUCAUUAUUGUUAAUGAAAUUUUAAAGUGCAAUCUGAUGUUAAUGUAAGCUAUGAUCUAUAUUGACCCCAGUUGAAAAGUAUUAUUAUGUUUAUAUGAACCGGUGAGGUUUAAAAUAUUAUUAUAAUCGGGUUAUAAGUUUAUAAUUAAAUUAUGAAUGUUUAUUUUAUACUAUAGUAUGUUUUCUGUGCAUUAUUUUAUAGCCGAUGGGACCGCUCAAGUUUGUGAUGCGACUGCUGCGGCGUCGCCUGCACUGUAUUUGUUUUCAUUUCUAUUAUUUUAUAUAUUUUUAGAAAACGUACAAAUUUAGAGACAAACGUAUACGUUUAUAACUGCUUGUGGUUAUAGUUUUUAUUUUAUUUUAGCAAUAAAUUUGCUUUUAAUCUUA